CCCGGUCAUUGGUUGAGCUGCUGCUCCGCGAAUGAAUUUGAAAAGUGUUGCUUCCAACCGCCACCAGUUUAGGGAGCGUCGAAAAGCAGCGAAAGGAGCAGAAAAAUAUACAAAAAUAAAAGGAAAUAUAAAGGAAUAUAAAGAAUUCAGAACAGAAACACAAUGGCUCCGAGAAAACGAACAACCAACGCUAAAACCAAGAAGAAUAUAAAAAUGCCGAAAUUAGAAGCGUUUCUUCUGGACUUCGAUGAUGAAGUGCGCACCAUAGUGGAGAGGAUGAAGGACAAGACCAACAAUCUGUUAAAGGAUGCAGACAACCUGUACAACAUGGCUCUGAUCAAGCUGCCUAUGUCAGUGCGACGGAUGAACUGGAUUCAGUACUGUGAUUCUGAAAAGCCAGAAGCACCUGUCGAUGAGUCCAAGCAAAAGGAGGUGGCUGCACAAGUAGAGAUGACCAUAGCUCAUGAUCAUGCUGUUCCUCCAAAGUCUGCCAAAAAAGCUGCUAAGAUCAGCUCAGGCUCAGAAAAUGAAGAGAACUUAGUACCCAAGUCUACGACAAAAAAGGGAAGGCAAAAGAAGGCACCUUCAACUUCAAAGAAAGCCAAAGCUCUUUCAGUCAGCAAACAGAACAACACUAUUAGAAAAUCUAGUAGAAAGCCUUUGGUCACCCCAGCAAGAAGUUUCCUGGAUUCCUCCAUAAUCGGUCCGACACCACUCAUCACGCCUCGCUUUGAUUCCAGGUUGCCCAAGACUCCUGCAGUGCGAGUUCCCCGUCACAGAGAGAAGGUGUACAGCAUCUCUGUUAACGGAUCUCCUAUUGCUGGAAGCAGUGAGGACAUUGUCAUUAAUGUCCCUCUGGGAAGUGGAGAGUGUAUUCAGCUGCUGGCCAGUGAGAUGGACUGUAUUGAUCUGAGCCAGUUGGAUGAGAAGGCGGUGCGCAGUAUCAGACAGCUGCAGAGCCGACUCACAACCCUCUGUGGAGGAUCCAAGUGACCUGACUGCUUCUGCUCUCAUUUCCUUUCUUUUAAAAAAUCAGACACCACCCUAAAUCGUCACACUUUUAUUCCUGUUUAUAAAGUAGCUUUGUCUAGUUUUAUCCUUUUAUCUUUGCAUUUCUUUUAAAUACUGUCUCCUUUUUCUGUCAGGAAUUUUCAUGGGCAUUUUACAUUUGUACAUAUUUCCGUUUGCAUGUAGUGUUUUCACAUGUGGUGUCUUGUAAUAUGUUUGUAAAUACAAUUCAUUUGCAACAGAUUUCAGAUUUUUUUUCUUCUUAAUUGUAUUCAUUUUAUACUAUUACUCAUGAGGUGAAUUAAUACUGGAUAUGUAUAUUAGGAAAUUAUACUCAACAAUGGACCUUUUUUGUUUGUAAGUGAAGUGCAACUUUUCACCAUAUAGAAAUGUGUAUAUAAAAAAAGCUGUUUUCAAUUUGUGUAUUGUGUGCUUUUCCCUUUCUAGCCUGGGUUUAAGUUUUAGUGAAAAAGAGUGACUGUGCUUUUAGUAUCCUGUGUAUUUAAGUCCUGUAGAGGGCAGGCGUGCUGCAGCUGCAGUCAUCAAUCAGUCAAAUCCAAAAACUGUAGAAACACACAGACGGGCAACAUCUCUAGCGAAACCAUAAGUCAGUGCUCCACCCAUCCCUCAUAGGUUUCAGUAAUGAAACGCUCCAUCUUAUUUUUCUCCUUUGAAUUGUCUUUCCAUAUCCAGUGUCUAAUUUUAA